GAAGCCUCCGCUUUCUUCUUCCUCUCAGUUCAGAGUUCCAUACCACAUUCUUCCCAUGAGAAGUAACGCCGCUGCCAUGAGAACACGGAGGAGGAUCUUUGCAAGGAGAUUGAUGAGCUUCAAGGUCAACACCGGGAGUGAUGCAUUGAUGGUGUUUCACAUUACAGAACUACUUUGUGAUCCUCGCGGACUUCGGAGAAACUUCGCAACUAAUGGACAUCGUCGGGGCUCUGUUUAUUUUAUGAUCGUUCUAUCUUUCUCUAGUCGUGAUGCUUUUUAGUAUUUGUUUUCGUGGACAUGGACUAGUUUGUUAGAUGAAACGAUGUUUCUGCCUCAUGAAGCUUGGUUUUAAUUUUGAUUGCAUCAUUUUAGAAAUUUGUGCUGAAAACCUUAUCAAUUCUUUUCGUUGAUGAUUGUAUCGAUAACUCGAGUGUUAUGCUUCAGGCGGAAAUAAACGAUGCUGAAAACCAGACUCCUACCAAGCGGCGGUUAUCAUCUGCCGUUGUAAGAAAUUAACCACUUCGGAGUAUCAACGAUUGGCUGCAAGGAAACGAUUGAUUGGUAAACUUAGAAAUGAAGCAAGAUAACUUUCGCGCAUUGAUGGAGGAGAUAAAUGAAGAAGCCAAAGGAAAGGAUGCAAGGAAGUCUCAAGAAGAAACAUCUGGGAGUGAUGCACAGUCUACCAGAUCGAUGGGAAACAAAAUCAUUUGCGGGACAGCGGAUCGUUUAGCUUGGAUGGAAAUAAAAGAGCAUCUAGGAUGGCUUUUAUGGAUUGGAAGCCUCCAGAAGAGAGGAGUUGUAUGAGUAUCAGGAACAGAUAGGAGAACAGUAUGUUGCAAAUGUUGAGCAGGUGAAGGAGUUGGGGAGGUGGCAAAAUGCAAGGAGGGCAAGAAAAGGACAUAGUGAUGUAUGGAAAUUGCAGGAAACCAUGGACAGAAUUGGAACAUCCCAAGGUGGUAGCAACGAAAAAGACGAGGAUAGUGUGGAAGAUAUUAAAGUUGAGGAGGAUGAAAUAAUAGACGAUGUACCCGCGUAGCAACAACGAGGAUUAGGAUGAUGUGGAAGAUAUUAAGUUGGAGAGGACAGCAUGAUAGAUGAUGUACUCGGGGUAGCAACAAUGAGGACAAGGAUAAUGUGAAAAACGUUAGGGAGGACGACAUAAUAGACGAUGUACUUGGCGUUGCAACAACGAAGAUGAGGAUGAUGUGGAAGAUAUUAAGUUGGGGAGGACAACAUGAUAGAUGAUGUACUCGGGGUAGCAACAAUGAGGAGAAGGAUAAUGUGGAAGAUAUUAACUUGGGGAGGACGACAUAAUAGACAAUAUACUCGGCGUUGCAACAACGAAGAUGAGGAUGAUGUAGAAGAUACUAAGUUGGGGAGGACAACAUAAUAGAUGAUGUACUCGGGGUAGCAACAAUGAGGACAAGAAUAAUGUGGAAGAUAUUAACGUUGGGGUGGACGACAUAAUAUGCGAUGUACUCUGCAUUGCAACAACGAGGAUGAGGAUGAUGUGGAAGAUAUUAAGUUGAGGAAGGCAACAUGAUAGAUGAUGUACUUGGGGUAGCAACAAUGAAGACAAGGAUAAUGUGGAAGAUAUUAACGUUGGGGAGGAUGACAUAAUAGACGAUGUACUCUGUGUUGCAACAACGUGGAUGAGGAUGAUGUGGAAGAUAUUAAUGUUAGGACGGAUGACAUGAUAGACGAUGUACUCGGUGUAGCAACGAGUACGAGGAUAACAUGGAAGAUAUUAACGUUGAGGAGGACAACACGACAUGAUAGACAAUGUACACGUGAAGCAACAACGAGGACAAAAAUAUUGUGGAAGAUAUUAACGCUGGGGAGGAUGACAUGAUAGACGCUGUCGAAGACAAUGGGCGUAGGGGCGAGGAACCCGAAAAAUCCGAAGGCAAUGUUGCAAGUCCAAACCCGAAGCUGUACAGUAGAAGAAAAAACCCGAAGGAUUCACUGAAACAGGAAAACCAGAGCUUAAUCAACCAUGGAGGAGAUGACGUCACGGCCUAAUGUGAACUCCCGCAAUAACCCCCUGCAACGUCCUCUUCCACCGCCACCGUCGAGAGUAAGAGCAGGACCAAGCAACAACAAUCACCGUCCUCUUCCACCCCCACCGUCCAGAGCUCCCUUUAAUGUCCAACACGACACUCACCGUUCUCCUCUUCCUUCAAUGCCACCGUCCAGGCCGAAUUCCGACUCUCAGAAUGCUCGCUUUCCGUCUCCGCCCUCGUCGCCACCGUUAUCUCGUCAGCAACAUUUUGGUUACGACACGACGUCGUCUUCCUCAUCGGCUUCCUUCCGAGGCUGCUGCUGCUGCCUCUGCCUCCUCUUCUCCUUCAUCGCUCUCCUCGCUCUCGCGAUCGUCCUCGUCGUCGUUCUCGCUGUCAAGCCUAAGAAGCCUCAAUUCGAUCUCCAGCGAGUCGGUGUUCAAUAUAUGGGGAUAACCACUCCGAAUCUCUUCUCCUUAUCCUCCGCCGAUUCACAGACCGUGACAACGCCGACGCCGACAACGACCUCCGCAGCGCUAUCGCUCAACAUUCGAUUGCUGUUCACGGCAGUGAAUCCAAACAAGGUCGGAAUCAAAUACGGGAAUUCAAGGUUCACAGUGAUGUACCGCGGGAUUCCGCUAGGAAAAGCAAUAGUGCCUGGAUUUUACCAAGAGGCGCACAGCCAGAGAGAAGUGGAGGCAAUGAUCGCCGUCGAUCGGGUGAAUCUACUUCAGGCGGACGCCGCCGAUUUGAUCAGAGACGCGUCGUUGAACGAUCGAGUGGAGCUGAGGGUUUUGGGCGAAGUUGGCGCCAGGAUCCGCGUAUUGGAGUUCGAUUCUCCCGGCGUUCAGGUGUCGGUGGAUUGCUCGAUAGUGAUAAGUCCAAGGAAUCAGUCGUUGACUUCGAAGCAAUGUGGAUUUGAUGGGUUCAGCUUAUGAUUGUUCUUACUUAUUUUCUUCACUCUCUAUCUCUGGUCUUUUAAUGUCAACAGAGAUGGAAUGAAUGAUUUUGAGAGGAAGAAGAAAAAUGUACACAAAAAAAAGAAAGAAAAAGUAAGAAG